AACAAAAGUAAGUGUUUGAAAUCUGACAAAUAUUUAGAUUUGUUAGUUUCAGAAAGUAAAACAGUGUUUAAUAAGUACUUGUAAAUAUUCUGGUUAUCUCGAUAAAUAUGAUAAUUUUAUCAUUUCAUUUUUCGUUAUAAAUAACUUUGAAAGACUGAUAUAUCAAAACAGUGAUGACAAUGUGUUUAUUGUAAUUGUUAAUGAUUAUGACAUCUUAAUUUUUUAAAGAAUGGAAUAUACAAAACGACGGCGGUAUACAGUUCAUGUUGAAACUAAUAGCCUUCAAGAUAUUUAUCAACAUGAUUUACAGAUGUAUGAUUUCCCUCCGAAAGGUGAAAUUCCAUUCGUGGAGUUCCAACAGUUGGGCAUAGAUAGAUUAAAACUUUUACAACAUAUUGAAAACAAUGCUGUACGAACAGAUUUAAAGAAAUUAAAGGAUCGUAAAGAUGAACUAUGUACAGUUCUAGCAAAAGAUGGACUUAAAUAUUUUGUACAUCUCUUACUUGCAAGGGGAUGUAACUCUUCUACAGAAAUGGAUUUACAAUGUAGGAAGAAGGAUCACUUAUCACAUUUUAUAAUGAGAUUAUCAUAUUGUCAAAAUCCAGAACGAUCAAUGUGGUUUGUUAAACAAGAAGUAGAACUAUUUAAAUUAAGAUUUGAUUCAUUAGACAAAGAAGGAAUAGAGAAAUUACUUAGUAUGCAUAACAUCGAAUGUCAACAAAUUACACAAGAAGAAAAACUUCAGAUUUGGGAAGAACUUAGUUCGUGCAAUCCAAAAUCUUCAAAUAUUGAUCUGAUAGAAUUUUAUAAAGUGCCUUUUCAAAAAGUUGCUGACCUGGUUAAAUCGCGUAAAGUUUAUCUUUCUCUAGGAAAAGCAUACAUUUCUCAAGAAAAUUUAGUGUCUCUGUUUGUUACUUAUUUCAGAAAAAAUUUAAUCGAUGGUAUGGAGUAUGCAAAAAAGUAUGUUUCAAAUAUAUCCGAUGAUGAGAGAUUAAUGUCUUAUGUCAAAUCAUUACCUGGUGCUUUCUCUGGCAUGACACGUGUUGUUUGGACGACUACCACCACACCUGUAGAAAAAUUGGAUGAGUUGUCAAAAACCUCCUAUCCUUUGUGUAUGAGAACGUUACACGAAGGGCUUAGGACUCAGCAUCAUCUCAAAAAUAGUGCACGUAUUCAAUAUGGUUUAUUCAUAAAAGGUAUAGGAGUAACAUUAGAAGAUGCAUUGCGCUUCUGGAAAAUGGAGUUCACGAAAAAGAUUGAUCCAGACAAAUUCGAUAAACAAUAUGCUUAUAGUAUAAGGCAUAUUUAUGGCAAAGAAGGAAAACAGACAAAUUACACUCCUCUUGGAUGUCCAAAAAUUAUAAGUUCUUCUGUGGGCCCUGGAGAAUAUCAUGGCUGUCCAUAUCGGCAUAUGGAUUCUGAGUCAUUAAAACAAAAAUUAUCUAGUUAUGGUGUACCGGUAAAAAAUAUUAAUGAUAUAGCAGAUUUAGCCAAGGAUGGCCAUUACCAUAUUGCUUGUGCAACAUAUUUCGAGGUUUUACAUAAUCGCUUGCCGGAUAAGCCUAUUAUUCACCCGAAUAUAUAUUUUGUAGAGAGCCGAGCUAUUUUGGCUAAAGAUACUGGUACAGAGUCUGAAAACACCGAUAAAUUGUCACAAAGUGGAAGAUUGAGUGAGAAAGUAAGUCAUACACCUACAAGAAGUGAAAGAAACACUGAUACACCUUCAAGAUAUAACGAUAGAUCGAUUGGUACCCCCUCAAGAUACAUAGGUAAAAGUAGUACACCAUCCAGAAGAAUAGAUAAAACAAAUAUGACUCCAAUAAGAGCAGUUAAAGCUGUACCAAAAAGAAUAAACAAUGAUAAUUAUCUCAACGCGGAGGAUAUCGCCGAAUUAAUGAGUGAAGAUAUGUGAGAGCAAAUAAAAUGUACAAAGUUCAUCGAAAAUUUGUCACUUGUAUUUUUAUUAUAAAAUAAAUAAUAUUUUUUUAACUU